AUGAGUUCCAGCAGCAACGAGGAUAUUGCCAUCAAGGCCGAGGGGAGGUCGGCUCCGCCUCCGUACGAAGAGGUUGCUACUCCUCCCAACGGACAGGCUGAUGGCGUCAACGGCCUGGGCAAGCAAGAUUCCGGCGUCAGGAUUGACGACUUUGGCGCCUCCCUCGAGAGGAGCCCAGAGGAGCUAGCUGUUGUUCGGAAGCUAGACAUGUACUGCCUGCCCAUCAUAUGGCUCAUGUACUUCUUUAACUUUCUCGACCGAAGUGCCAUGGUCAACGGAAAGCUCGACGGGUUGGCUGAUGACCUCGACCUGAAGGGCACACAGUACAACACGUGCAUUUCUAUCCUGUUCGUGGGAUAUCUCGUUGGACAAGUACCAAGCAAUAUGGUGUUGAGCCGAGUAAGGCCAAGCUUUUACUUGGCUGGAUUCAACGCAAUGUGGUCGCUAGUCACCCUUCUUACCUACAAGGCCUAUGACUACAAGACAAUGAUUGUUUGCCGAUUCCUCCUCGGUCUUUUUGAAGCUCCUUUCUUCCCCGGCGUGACAUAUCUCCUCGGCACACUCUACACCCGCAAGGAGAUAGCAACCCGACUCUCAAUAUUUUUCACAGGGAAUCUUGUUGCCAGCGCCAUUUCUGGCCCGUUUGCAGCGGGCGUCUUUCAGCUAGAUGGCAGGGCCGGCCUCGCUGGUUGGAGAUGGCUCUUUAUAAUCCAAGGCGCCCUCUCUCUAGCAGUCGCCAUCCCCGCCUUCUACAUGCUACCCAACAAGCCCCUGACCACCCCCUGGUUGACCCCGGAGCAGCGCCAGCUGGCACACGACCGGAUCGAGCGGGACACGACGAACCGCACCGGCGGCGGCAAGACCACCGUCCUCGACGGCCUAUCGCAAGCGGUGCGCGACUGGAAGACGUGGGCCUUUUGCCUGCUGUCCAACCUCAACGUCACCACCCUCGGCUUCCUCAACUUCCUCCCGACGCUGGUGCGCACCCUCGGCUUCAACACGUCGGCCGCCCUGGCCCUCACCUCCCCGCCCUACGUCGUCGCCAUGAUCGUCAGCGUCUGGCUGGCGCACCACUCUGGCCGCACCAACGAGCGGACCUGGCACAUAACCGCGUGCGAGGUGGUGGCCAUCUUGGGCUUCGUCAUGUGCGCCGCCACGCUCAACACCGGGGUGCGGUACGCAGGCAUCAUGCUCUUCGUCGGCUCGCUGGCCGGCGUCACCAACAUCGUCAUCGGCUGGACGAGCAGCUCGCUGGGCCAGACGGACGAGAAGCGCGCCGUCGCCAUGGCCAUGGCCAACACGUGUGCGAACCUGGCCAGCGUCUACACCCCGUACCUCUGGCCCGACGUCGACUCGCCCCGGUUCAUCAAGGCCACGGCGGCGAGCGCGGUGUUUUGUGCGGCCGUCGUGGCCAUGGUGUGGUUCUUGAGGUGGAUGCUGAGGAGGAAGAAUGACCAGAUGAGGAAGGCGGAUCCUUUGGCGGAGAACUUUUUCGUUUACUAA